UUUCCAUGAAUCAUUCAUUGCAUUUCGAUCUUUGUAUAGUGGAUGUUUUGGAUUCCAUAAUAAAUCUUCUUUUUCAUAUAAUUGCAAAAAAUCAAUAAUUUUCUCAUUACACCACUCCAUAGUGUAUACGAUCUAUCAAUAUCGAACAAGAUUCGAUACAUUUAUGCAAUGGGGAAAUGUGGCCUAACAAUGCUGCGCUCAGGGUGGGCCGAGUCUUAUGGACGAAUUUGAUAUAGUAUUUUGGCGCCAUCUGGGUCGGGAUACCCUAAAAAUUGGAACUACGUAACCAAAAUUCCAAUAUGGUCGCCAAUGUUUCUCGCCCGUGGUUGUCCGUCGUUACCAUUACAUAUGGUUUGAUGUCAUUUGAUGUGGACUUGAUUUCGUUGUUGUGUGUAGUUACAAUUUUUUACUGGUUUUGUUAAUGCCCUGCAGUUUAAAUCAUAAAUUGGAAAUCACGUAAGCGUCUUAUUUGUGACACUAUAUAAUAUUCAAACUUUUAAACAGCAUAUACUAGUAAUAUACUUUGUUGCUGUGCUGUUUGAUUGAUAUAGUUGACCAAAAAAUUCGUAGCAGUGCGUAGUUACAAACCAUUUUUUACUGGUUUUGUUAAUGCCCUGUAGUUGAAAUCAUAAAUUGGAAAUCACGUAAGCGUCUUAUUUGUGAGUGAGUAAUCCCUCAAACUUUCGUCCGAGCCUUCUGUCUUAUUCAGUUAUAGUAGAAGAUUAUAAUACAGGAUUCUACUUACAGAUUUAAAAAUGGGUGGUAGGGCGUGUUGUGUCCCAAAUUGUAAUUCAGGUAAAAAAACACCACGUCACAAAUUUCCAAAAGAUCCAAUAAGAUGCCACCAAUGGAUACAAAGUUUAAAAUUGGACUUUUUGGAAAAUGCGUGUGCACAACAUUUACAAAAGUACAGAGUUUGCUAUAAACAUUUUCGAGAGGAAGACUAUAAAUGUUUUACACAAUCUCGAGUAUUAAAAGAAUUUUCAAUUCCUGGUCUUUACAUUAAUUCUGACAAUAAUACUGAAAAUAAUACUGAAAAUAAUACUGAAAAUAAUACUGAAAAUAAUCCUGUUAAUCCUGAAACAAUUCUUAUUGAUCAACAACCAUUGCAACAAAUUUUGGAAGAAACUGAAAUCUCGCAAACCAAUAAAAAUAUGUCCCAUAUAAAGGAACAAGUACAGCAGCAUACGGCAAUAUUAAAUGAAAUGACAAAAACAACAGGAGAAGUGCAACAUCAAUAUCAACACUUGCAAAAUGAAGUAAAUGCAUUGAAAAAUGAACACGAAAAACGAUUCAGAAAGAUAGAGGGGUACCUAAGAAGGAAUAAUAAAAAAAAUAGUAUCUCCCGAAGACCAAACUUGCAAGAAGUUACUCGAAGAAAAGAUCUAAGUCCCAUUGCGAGAAGAUUAUACGACACCACUGUACUGUUAAAACGAAAAAAUUUACGACUAAAGCGUCUUGUGAAAUCCAGUAAUAAACAUAAAAAUAAAGAAAAAUCAAUUGACGACACAAUGAAAAAGCAAUUUUCAAGUGAAGUACAACACCAGUUCACUGGUAUGCUUUUGCGAAAUAGUGAUGUACCUCCGAAGUUUUUUCUGAGAGAAAAGGGAUCGAAUAUUAAAGAUGCAAGUUAGCAUCGUUAAUCAUUAAAUUGAUUCAAUUUAAUAAAUGUGAUAUUCAACUGUUCAGAUUCAACUUAGAACUGAAGACAGAUAUCCAUUAGCCAUCAGAAGAGCCUGAGAUGUUGCAGCAGAUUCCCUACAAUUACGCAAUGAAGAAAGCGCAGCUGAUGAGAGAACGCGAUGCGGCUAAUUGCAGGGGAAGUAAGGAUUAACCGGCUUAAUCAAGAAUUAAAUGAAUUGUAAAAGCGCGCAUCGGAAUUGGAUAAAAUGCAUAUAGCAACAAUUUCGAAUAUGUUGUACAUAAAUGAUCACAACAGAAAGAAAAAUGUGGAGGAAGCUGAAAAAGCUAUAAUGGAAGAGUUGAAGGCGGGUGACACUUUUUUGGACACAGCACGAUUGGACACCAACCAAUCAUCUUGACUUAUCUAACCAAAUCAACGGAAAAACUCUAGAUAUCGGCCGCUGUGAGUGGUGGUGUCCAAUCGUGCGGUGUCCAAUCGUGUGCACCCCGUUGAAGGCUAACUAGGGAAAGAAGGUCGAUAACCUGUUCACCAGGCAAAGUACUAAACCGAGGAUAUACAAGCUGGAAGAUGACUCCGAAGUAGUAGCAACAGUUUCAGUAAAUAAUAAAUUGAAUCAUCCUGUUGGAGAUUCUGUGCUGCUGAUAAGGAAAAUGAACAGGAAUGUAAUAAGAAGCACAGCACAGAAGACCUAUUCAACGCGCAUGAUUUUAAUAUAACACUCGAUUUGGAAGUUUCUAUUCUAAGCAAUCCUGUUAGCGUUUUACCGAAGCCCAUUAAUAACAUCAAGGAUACAGGACCCUGUCGAUCUCGUUAAAUUUCGAAGAUAACAAAAAGAAAUGCGGUCUUAUCUAACAGUUCGUACGUCUUAAUUAUCGUAAUAUUAAGGCUCGACGAGGUUGUGCACAUAUUGGUCCUUCGAGCCGGAUGUGAAGUCUACAUAAUUCUCCCGACCACGAGGGUACAGCAAUCGUACCCAAGAAGAAGGAACCCACGCACCAUUUUGAGACGACCACCGUUGCAACAAUACGGACUCAGUGCUAUCCGGUAACCGCCGAAUUAAGGCGAGAACCACGCAGUAAGCACGCGGUCGCCGCUGUGAAUCAGCAUAUAGCGAGAUAAAAAUAUCCUCGAUCGUGCACGUGGACCGGCGGUGUAGCGCCGCCAUAAUUGCAUCCUCGCGAGCCCGCGAGCCAUCGCCGGAAAGGCGAAAAGAGGUACGACCCCCCCCCCAUUUGCUUACACAUCAAACGGGCCAUCGCCACAAUCAUCGUGGUGCACCACGCGCCUCUUAUCCUCGUUCGAGAGGAUCAUCGGCAGCCGUCAAGGACAUCUCGGAUUCUCCCUCUCUCUCAUACACACAAGAGAGAAACGGACACGCACGUGCAGGCGCACGUCGAGAUCAGGACAGCGCAAAGCGGCUCUCUCCCUCUCUCUCGCUCUCGCCAUUCGAGAGAGACAGCGACACGGCCGUAAAGGAAGCAGAUAGGCGCGGCGCAGAACAACAGCGUGAUCGUCAACCUUCUGGUUUCAACGGUCAUCUUCGCAAAUCCCACAGCUUCCACGUUCCAGAGACAACAGCCCAAGUAUUUCUAUACAUACAAAUUUCUAUACGAUACAGGCUUGUAUCGUAAUCACUCUUACCACAAUUAAUUAGUGAUUGAGAAUAUUAGGCGUAAGACCACGUGAUUAUAUAUAUCAUAUAGGUUAUUUCUUGUCUACCGUAUCGCAUAUGUAAUCAUUGAGUUGGCGCUCGCAGAAUUAUACGACAGGCUCGCACGGAAAAGCUCGUUCGUCACUCUAUUUCUAUCCCUCUCACAAGAGGCAAAAUAAUUUCAUCACAUUAAUAUGGCGGAAUUAGCACUGUUAAUAAAGCAACGCGGUAGAGUAAAGGCGAAAUUAACAAAUUUCAGUAAUUUUAUUCAGCGCAUUGACGAGUUGCCAGAAAAUAAAGAAGAGCUACCGUUGCGAAUAGAAAAGGCCGAGGGCCUAUUAACUGAAUUUGAAAUAAUUCAAAAUAAAAUCGAAGACGCGGACGCGGCGGAAACGCAACUAAUAGAUAGGCAGGAAUUUGAAAACAGAUAUUACCAAUUAAUAACUGCUGCACGAAAACUACAAAUUCGCGAACGAGCUCCUCCAUUGCAAACUUAUCAGGAUGUUCAAAUAAAUGCACAACGCAACGUUGACAAUGUUGGUAAUGAACAAUUCGUGUUCAGGCCGGCGGUUAAGCUUCCGACUAUCGAACUGCCUAAAUUUGACGGUAACUAUGAGCAGUGGAUUCCAUUCCGCGAUUUAUUUCAAUCACUGAUCGCGUCAAACGCGUCUAUCCCUGCCGUUCAAAAACUGCAUUAUCUAAGAUCCGCAUUGACGGGUGAGGCGGCAAAGGUGAUAACCACCUUGAAGAUUACCAAUGACAAUUAUGAAGUAGCAUGGACCUCCUUAAAGCAAAGAUUUGAAAAUAAAAGGUUAAUUACACAUCACCUCAUUCAAACAUUAUUAGACAUGCCACCUAUCCCAAGGGAAUCACAUGCGGAUCUUAGACAAUUAGCAGAUAACAUAUCACAAAUUACGCAAAAUUUAGCGAAAUUGGGUCAGCCAAUAGAACACUUUGCCAUAUGGGUUAUACAUAUCAUGUUGCCCAAAAUUGAUAAAAAUUCCCGUAGGGAAUGGGAAUUUACACGAUCGGAUACCGACGAAUUUCCCACCCUAGAUAACUUCAUAAACUUUCUCAUCAAUCGCAGUGCAUGUUUAGAGGCAGUGUUCAGAGCAAGUCGAGGCACUCAGCCCCUCAGCGAUAGUCGUAACAAUAACAAAACAGCUCAAAGUCAAGGAAAAAAUAUCUCGCGUUCGUAUGUCGCAGCUAGUAGUACCGCGUGUUCAAUUUGCUCAAAUGAUCACAAGAUCAACGAGUGUAGUUCGUUUCUCAGCAUGGCCGUCGCCGAUAGAAACACGGAAAUAAGAAAAAAACGUUUAUGCGUAAAAUGCCUCAAGCGUUAUCAUGGCAAGGGCUGCAAGGUUUCCAACUGCAAACUAUGCAACGGAUAUCACAACACAUUGUUACACAAGUCUAACGUCUCGACAGCGGAAAAAGAUCAGGAAACGAAACCACAAGACGCGUCUCAAACCAAAUUAGCUGAAGGCAAUACCGUGAAAAAACAAGGCACAACAGCCUUGGCAGCGGAUUCGCCUGUACUUAUUAAUCAUCUCGUAAUGAAAGAACCUUCUCAAGUUCUACUCUCCACGGCUAUCGUACUUAUUCAUGACUCGCAAGGAAACUUACAUAAAUGUCGAGCUCUUCUUGACAACGGAUCGCACUCAAAUUUUAUCACGCGAAAAUUAAAUAACAAAUUAAAGCUGCGAUACAAGACUACAAAUAAAAAUAUUAAAGGCAUGAGCAACAUGCCAAUAAGUGCAACACAUCAGACAAACGCAGUAAUUCAAUCGCGUACAUCCAAAUAUCAAGCAAAAAUUCCUUUAGUAAUAGUCGACAGCAUUACUGAUCUAUUACCUAUAUUUAAAAUAAAUAAGGAUUAUCUCAACAUCCCACAGAGUUAGCAGAUCCAAAUUAUAACGUUCCAAGCGACAUAGACAUAUUAUUAGGCGCAUCCGUUU